AUGUUAGUGGUUUUUUGUAAGGUCAAUAUGCUUGUUAAUUUCAUUCGAUCUUCUAAGAAGAGACAAGAAUUACUUCGGGACAAACAAGUAACUCAGUUUUCUAAAUUGAUUGAAGAGGGCCAAAUAGAAACUGGUUAUGGAUUAAAUCAAGAAUCAUUUAUUGCUAGAGCCGGUGACACACGUUGGAGUUCCCACUUUAUGACUCUCACUAGUUUGAUGACUUUGUAUGGUGCCAUUAUUGGGGUACUUGAAGAAGUUGGAAAUGAUACGUCAUUUGCAAAAUAUGGCAAAACAAUGCUUUUGUUAGAUCGUGAUCAAGAUCUUUUGAAUGCUUUGUCACUUGUCAAUGCUACCAAACAAGAAUUACAAGAAAUGAGGAAUGAUGGAUGGGAAGAGCUUAUAUCUAAGGUUAUGGAAGUUUGCAGUAAGCUUAACAUUAAUGUGCCUAACAUGGAUGCAUCAUAUGUGCAAGGGAAGAAACCUAGGCGACAUGCUACAACUUCUAGUUUGCACGAGCUCAAUGCUAGGUUUGAUGAAGAGAAUACUGAACUUUUAGAAUGUGUUUUAUGUUUGAGUCCUUCAUCGUCAUUUGCAACUUUUGAUGUGAAAAAGUUAUUAAGAAUGGUUGAACUUUAUCCAGUUGAUUUUGUAGAUGUGCCGGAAGUGGUUGUGUUGCUAAUGGAUGAGAUUUCGUCUUCCACAAAUGUCACUCAAGAUGUUGGUUCAAUCUCCGAUGAAAAUAAAGAAUCGUGGCAACAUUUUGUCUUCCACGACCUUUCAUCAAUCAAGGAUUUCUAUGCUAAAUACGCUCAUGAAAAGGGAUUUAACCAUGGUUUCAAGCACGGAAGUCGGGCGGAUCCUAAGAACAAGACAAACUCGGAUACUCCUGUUCUCAUUGAAUAUCAGAAAGAGAAAGAACUUCCCGAGGAAAGGACUGGUUGCCCAGCUAGUAUUUCGUUGAAGUAUAAUUCUAAUGUUAAAGGUUAUCACAUAUACAAAUGGAAUGUUACUCAUAACCACCCUCUCCAUAAACCCGAGCAUUAG